CAUGGCGGACAAGGUACUCUUUUGGUUGGCAUUACUAUUUAUUCGUUUUUUAUGGGUUAUUUCUCCACAAUCUGGCUACAUCCACCCAGAUGAAUAUUUCCAGUCUCCCGAGAUUACUGCUGGUGAUGUAUUUGGGUUUCAAACUCUAAGGACUUGGGAAUUCAACGAGACUUUUCCGAUUCGAAGUAUUUUAUUCCCACAUCUGACAACUGGAAUUCCAUUCAUUAUUUUGAAAAAAUUACACUCCGCUUAUAAUGGUUCGCCCUGGAUUUUGAACACGUGGUCGUUAGCUCUACUACCAAGGGUUGUGUACUGUAGUAUUUCCUUAUUAAUAGAUCUAUCAGCUUAUAAGAUAUCACAGAGUAUUAAUAUCAAUCCAGCUCCGGUGCUCUUUGCUAUUGGAACAUCGUACGUAACUCUAGUCUUCCAUACCAGGCCGUUCUCAAACUCCUUGGAAUCUGUUUUAUUUUCCUUGCUUCUAUGGCUUUUAACAUCACAUAUUUUUUCUUCCAAAAACGCUUCACAUCAAACUUGGGGGAGUACAAUAAGGAAUUUCGGGAUUGGAAUUCUCGUGACCGCUGGAGUCUGGAAUCGACCAACGUUUUUGGCCUUUGCGGUUUUUCCUGGUUUAAGUUGGGCUUACAGCUUUUACACAGAUAGUGAUACUAUGAAAACCUUCAUAACACAAUUAAUUAGGCCAACUUUUACUGUUGCUGUCGGUGCCGUAAUAACAGCACUACUGUUCAUAUCAGUAGAUUCUAUUUAUUAUGGUUACUUUUCCACAAACGAGGGACAGUUAGCAGUAACUCCACUUAACUUCAUCAAGUAUAACUUAGACACUUCAAAGAUUAAAGAACAUGGCUUACACCCCAGAUUUACCCAUUUCUUGGUUAACAUGCCAUUGUUAUAUGGCAUUCUUGCUCUCCUGUUUUUUCUUUUUCUUGUUGUACUGAUUUUCAAGAGAGACUAUUUAGGAUGUCUGUGGGAAUUCUUCGUGAUAAGUGCUGAGGAUGUUCAAGAAUUAACUAAUAACAAGAUCAAACAAAAGAAACCUCUUCAUCAGAAGAUAAUGACUUUGAAAGUAAUGAUGUUGAGUGUGGUUGUACCAGUCACUCUUUUGUCCAUCAUUCCUCACCAAGAACCCAGAUUCUUAACACCAAUUUUGCUUCCUCUUGCAAUCUUAUUUGGCCACCUUAUUUCAGGAACAAAGCAUUUAUCAUUUGUAAAAACAUCUUGGUUAAUGUGGAAUAUACUGGGGUGUAUUGUUUUUGGGAUCUUACAUCAAGGAGGGAUGUAUUCCAGUUUGGGAUAUCUCCAGAAGCAUUUGGCAGCAUUAGAUACCAACAGCUCAGAAUUGACAUCAGUUCAUCUGGUCUUCUCCAAUACUUACAUGCCUCCUAGAUACCUACUUGCAUGGCCUAGAUGUGUUCCUGGUUCCAAAUACUGUCAGUCAUUUGACAAGCAUCUAUAUGUGCAUGAUCUUGGAGGUAAAAGUAAUGAUGAACUUGUCAAGUGGUUGGACCAGCUGGUUGAGAGUGAGAAGAAGAAAAUGGGCAAAUAUACAUUUGAGGUGUUUGUCAUUUGUCCAUCAACACUUCAUUUUCAUCACCCACUGUUCCCCAAAGAAGCACAGUUCUUUCCUCAUCUUAGCAUGGAAAACCCACCAGAUUUUGGAACACUUUUGCAUUUUAUAAAUUCAAGAGCAUCUUGUAAGAUGAAGCCUGGAAACAGAUAUGCUGAUGAUGAACAUUACUGUACAAAGAUGAACCAAGAAAGUAUUGUCACUUCACUCUUAAAAUGGACUAGCUUUGAAUUUUCAUUAAACUUGUACAAAUGUAAAACUAUAAAUUCAUAUCAUAGUUAUAACAUUAAAAGGAGUAUUAAAAUGUGA